ACCAAAGGAGCAGGCAGAGAAUGGUCAGGGUCACAAGCUGGGUUCAGUAACUCACGGGCAGCGUGGUACAAGGCAGCGGGCAGAGAAUGGUCGGGUCACAUGCCAGGUCAGCAACAGCAGGUCAAAUCCAAUAGGGGGCAUCCAGGAGAGAGGUCAGGCAAAGCAAGGGUCAGGAUAGGAGAAAGCAGCAAGGUCAGGUACAAUCUGGGUCAAUAACUUACAGGGUACAGGUUCGCAGAAUCACAGGAUGCAGGAAAGACCAGAAGGCACUGA